GGCAGCCUCCUUCCCAAACGUAGAUCUGAACAAGUUUAUGAGUGAGUGUAGCUUCGUCGAUAUCAAUAGUAUCUUGCACCUUGAAUAUCUGGAGUGUCUCGAAGGAAAGGUGUGAUAAAACUAUUUGAGCUGAGACAAAGUCCCUUUUCAAACCUGAACUGGAAUGGUGAAUUGGUGAUGCGAACGAGGAUGUCUUUGUUCACAUCGCCAGUCUCUUUCUUAGUGGAACCACCGAGUAUCUUGGGGAAGACGAUGUGAUGUAGCAGCUUGCACCUGAACGAGCUCCCAGUGAAACAGAGGUAAGAGUGAGUGUGUGAUCGAGGAUGCCUUCAUUCGCAUCGCUACUGUCUUUCACCGUACUCACCGAAUGUGAAGGUGACGCUGAAGUGAGAGAUGGACUUACUGUGUUGACUUCACCGUGUUCUUAAUGAUCAAUCUGAAAUCGAAUCCUCGGACGUGAGCAUCAUGCUCCUCGACGCGUGAGAUGAUGGACUAUCUCUCGACCAUCGCUCUUCGGAGCCUGGUCAUUGUCCUUUUGCUGAUCAUCACGCCUUGUCAGGCCGUGCUCCCAGAAUUUAUCAUAGCUGAGGGAACAAAAGUACAAGAACCACAGCAGGCCCUUCAGCAGUCGUUCAAAGAUGCGAUCACACUUGCCAGGGUUGCGGGCUCACUGCUUGACCCCUGUGAAGGAGUUUACCUACGGUUCUUUUGCGCCAUCGAUGCCGUUUUCGUCAAGCAAGUAUUCCAGACGAUUGCCAACAUCCCUCUGAACUCGGAAAUCGAUGGGAACACAGUCGUCGAGAUUCUGUCGAGUGCCGCCGUUGCCGAAAACUUGCAGCCGAAGUUCAGCAGCUUGGAGCUUGCGCUCGGUAACAAUCCUUCGCUGCCGGCGAGCAAGCAAGUUUGUGGAAAGCAGGUCGAUGGAGGACAAAUCUUCGCCUUUUCGUACAUCGACCCCGGAGCACUUGGACCCGUUGCCCUCGUCUCACUCUGCGACCCAACCUUUGGAUUCCCAACGCUGGUAGAAAUCGAGGACCCAUCAGCGGAUCAUAGGGAUGCAGAUGGCGAUCCCCUUCUGGGAUAUACAUGUGAUGGCCUCGGUGAUCAUGAUACCGACUGGAUGCAGACACCUGGGGGCGUACUCUUGCAUGAACUCAUGCACUGGACAUAUUUGCUGGAAGACAUACCGAACUAUGAAGACCUCAUAGAUGAGAACGAAGAUGGAUUUCCACAGAUUGCUGAUUUUGCUGGGCCUAAUCCAGGGGAUGGAUAUGGUCCGUACAAUACCAUGCGUCUCAGGCAAGUGAAGGCUGCUGAGACGAUCCAGAAUGCUGAUAGCUAUGUGUGGUAUGCCCAGUCGAAGUACUGGUCGUGGAAAUGUGGAAGAACGUUUGGUCCGUCGGUUGAUCCGUCAGAUGACGAGAAACGACUGGGAGUCAGAGCAAUACAGGCACAACCAGAAUCUGGGGAUUGA